UGUAAGGUUUUCAGUGCUGUAUACAAUGUCGAUAGAAGCGACAAGGAUUUCACACGAAAAGCUUAACAGGAUGACCUUUUGGUCGAGGCAUGACCCAAUUAAACAACAGAAAGGUCAUACUGACCAUUGGUCAAAAGCCAGACAGAAGUCGAGUGCCUAUUCUGUGUCGUACGGAGCCAAGGGGCUACAGAUCCGCUCGGACACAAAUUUAGACUUAGCAACUAUAAGGAAAGCUCAGAGUACCAGGGUUAAGUUUGUAAACGACAAUGUUACACGAUUACCGAUGAGGUCUAUAGAUGAUAUGAUUUUAAAUGGCCUAGACGCAGAACUACCAACACCAACUAUCAACCAGAGACCCCGGAUGAAUUUUAGCCGGAAGUCAUCAAGAACAUCUUUUAACGAGAGAGCCCGGGACGGCUUCCGGUACUGGCUGAUAGACCGCCCAAAGCCCACCAAAUUUGGCAAAUAUGGUAUCGGAUCGUACAAGACAGUGCUUGGGAUCGGCAACGCUCCAAGAACGUAA